AUGGCGGCGGCAGCAGCACAAAAAGUUCAAGAAGUGAGAGAUAUCACUAGGAUUGAAAGAAUAGGAGCUCAUUCCCACAUUCGUGGUCUUGGCUUAGAUGAUGCAUUAGAAGCAAGACAGGUUUCACAAGGAAUGGUUGGUCAGGUUGCUGCCAGAAGAGCCGCUGGUGUUAUUUUGGAAAUGAUCAAGGAGGGGAAGAUUGCAGGAAGAGCUGUUCUGAUUGCUGGACAGCCUGGCACUGGAAAAACAGCUAUUGCUAUGGGAAUGGCACAGUCUCUUGGCCCUGACACUCCCUUUACAUCUAUAGCUGGAAGUGAAAUCUAUUCAUUGGAAAUGGGAAAGACAGAGGCCCUUACACAGGCUUUCAGAAGGUCUAUUGGAGUAAGAAUAAAAGAGGAAACUGAAAUCAUAGAAGGUGAAGUUGUAGAAAUACAAAUUGACAGGCCUGCUAGUGGAACAGGAGCAAAAGUUGGCAAACUGACUUUAAAAACAACAGAGAUGGAAACUGUUUAUGAUCUUGGAACAAAGAUGAUAGAAUCCCUGACAAAAGAAAAAGUGCAGGCAGGGGACAUCAUAACAAUUGACAAAGCAACAGGAAAAGUCUCCAAACUUGGACGCUCAUUUAACAGAGCUAGAGAUUAUGAUGCCAUGGGGCCACAGACCAAGUUUGUCCAGUGUCCUGAAGGAGAGAUACAGAAAAGAAAAGAGGUUGUUCAUACAGUCACUCUCCAUGAAAUUGAUGUCAUCAACAGCAGAACACAGGGAUUCCUGGCACUCUUCUCAGGUGACACUGGUGAAAUCAAGGGAGAAGUGCGGGAACAAAUCAAUGCUAAAGUUGCAGAAUGGAGGGAAGAGGGAAAAGCUGAUAUUGUACCAGGGGUACUGUUUAUUGAUGAAGUUCACAUGCUUGAUAUUGAGUGUUUCUCUUUUCUAAACCGAGCUUUGGAAAACGACAUGGCACCAGUUCUUAUAAUGGCUACAAACAGAGGAAUCACAAAAAUCCGUGGUACCAAUUACAAGAGUCCGCAUGGAAUACCUCUGGACCUGCUAGACCGAUUGUUGAUUAUCUCAACAUCACCUUACCAAGAGAAAGAUCUAAGACAAAUUCUUACCAUAAGAUGUGAGGAGGAAGACGUUGAGAUGUCCGAAGAUGCGAUAUUUUUGCUUACAAAAAUUGCUCAAGAGACUUCACUUAGAUACUCCAUUCAGCUAAUCACUGCUUCCAGUCUAGUUUGCCGGAAACGAAAGGGAACGGAAGUGAAUGUGGAUGAUAUUAAACGGGUAUAUUCGCUGUUUCUGGACGAGGCUCGCUCGACCCAGUUUCUUAAAGAAUACCAAACAGAAUUCAUGUUCCAUGAAGACGAGUCUACCGAGCCCGUAUCUGAAGCUAUGGAGACAGAGGCAGAAACUGCUUGAUGAAAAUUUCGCAUUCCAGUAUACACUGCGUGUUACAUUUCUUUCCAGAUCCAAGGAGGAGUUCUGUGUGUUGCCAUGAGCAUCAAAAUAGACUCUUAUCGCGAACCAACAACCAACUACAACCUGCAAAUUGCAGUAUUGAAUAGACUCACUGUAGCUAAAUUGCGCCUUUUCAACGGCGACAAGUUUGUUUUAUUCAAAAACGCAAUUACUAGUCGAAUUGUAAGUACCUGCUAUUUCGCUAUCACUGCUCUAAGCACUUCGAUUUGGCCCAUUUUAGCAUUGGAAUCGCACCAUUCAAUAAUUAUUACGAGCUAUGAAAUCUGUUUAUUUGAUAUGGGAUGUGGUUUGUAGUGAGUGUUGUCGUAGAGACUGUUUAUAAUAAAAAAAACUAGCAUUUUA